UUUCCAUACAGUAUGAGUAAUAUUCUUCCAAUAGAGUAUAACAUGCAGGUGUGCCUCUGUGGGCUUAGUGAACGUAAUCUCAAAAUUGCUAAUGGAGAAAUUCUUGGUGUCUCACUCUUAAUGGAAGAUGUCAUUCAGACCAGCCAGGAUGCCAACUUUUUUGGUUUUCAGAAUUGGGAGGAAGAACAUUUUCAAAACAUUGAAAUUAAGGCUGAUUAUGCUGGAGAUAUAAUUCCUGUCAAUAGUUUGAUCCACACAGAAGAAAGUAUUUUUUCUGAGGGCCUCCUGCAAAAUCCAGUAGAAUUGUACAUGCUUCUUAAAUCAUUUUUGGUUCUGUGGAAGCAGCUUGAAAUUUUUAAGAAAGAGUGGGCACGAGAGAAACUGGGCAUGGAAGAGAUCAAUACUCUAUCACUUCAUCAGCAAUUCUCCAAGAUUUACAGAGUGGAAAUUUUCUAUCCUGCUAUGAAGAUGAUAGCUGGACAGAUGGGUAAUGAGGAGGCAUUUGAUGGACUGUUCAUAGAUACCCAAUCCAUUCUUCCACUGAAAGGUGCUUCAGAAAUGGAGAUUAAAACACAGCAGCUUCACAAACUUUUGGAAAGUUUAGAAUGCCAUAUGAUUUCUGAAGUACAGAAGAGGGUUGCCAAGGAUCUGACACUUGUUAUAUCAGAGAGAGCACGACAGGACACCGGUCUACCCAUAGAACUGUGGAAGCACCCUAUCAUGGAGGAGCACUUUUCUGCUGUUAGGCCUCAGAUUAUUGAAAAGUUUGUGCAGAAUUUAACAGACCGUCAGCUAGAAAAUGGUGAUGAAGUUACUUUUACAAAAGAACACUUAAAGGCUUGUCUUACAUCAUUGGCCUGUGACAUUAUGGCGCGAGAACGAAAUAAUUUUGAAGCAUAUUCCAUGUUUUAUGAGAAUAUUCUUCAGCAGGAACAUCAUCUUCUUUUUCAAAAAGAGCAGGACCUAAAGGUCAUAGGAAAAUAUCAGUUACUAAAAGAAGGACCAGAAAAUGAGACAGCUGACUUCAGUUAUCAGAUGAUUGUGGAAAUUACUGCACUAAGAGCUAAACUUUCAGGUCUUGAAGAGGAAAACCAGACCUUAAGAGAUAAGAUCAAGAAAGAAAUUCAUCUGGAAUAUGAAGAAUUGGUUCAGAAUCUGUUUUUAGCCUGUUUUAAUUUAAAAGCAAAAUUAGAUGAAUAUCAUGUAAAAAUGAAUAGUGAUGUGUGUCAGCUAAUCAGUGAAGUUAGAAGAGAAAGCAUCGAAAACAUGAUUACACUGAAGAGAAAAUUUGGCUCCACCAGAGAUAAUUUAGCCUUGAGUGGAAAUUUGGAAAAGCAAGAGGAGCUGCAGGCUCUGCGAAAGGAGAACUUCAGGCUGGAAUCUCUUCUCUGUAAGAUGAAAUCUUUGCACUGCUGGAGGCAAACAGUGAAACUGGGUCAGCUUUCCCAAAAACUUCAUCUGCUACAGGAGGAGGCAGUAAACGAAAAAAAGAAUAACUUGGCAGCAACGGUUAUUGCAGAGCAAGAACUUAUUCUGCUGCGUGAACAGCUGGAGACUGUGAGAAAAGCUUUAUCUGUGUGCCAGACUGAAUAUAAAACUGUCAAAAAGAAGUUGGAAAAACAGAAACAGCUACUGAAGGAGGCCGAACACCGGGCCGCAGAAGACACCCGAAGCCGACAGCACCUGGAUGGUGUAAAGUCAGCCAAUAUGGGCCGACUACAAGAGGAAAUCGGGGAGAAGGAGCAUAAGCUCCGGGUAAUAAUGGAAGAAUUGGAGAAAACUUCCAAAAUAAGCCAACUGCAACAGAGGAAGAUUGACAAAGACAUCCGUGAGGUCAAAAGCCAACUUUCCCACGAGCGGAGUCUGAAACUUGAUGCUUUCCAGCGAGUCGAUGAACUUCAGAGUCAAGUGUAUGAUUUUGAGUCUACUCUGUCCCACAGAGGCUCUUCUGCAGGUGUAACAAGGAAAUCUGCCUCAGCGCUGUCCCGAAGUGCAAGCAGCAUCCGAAGUACUCAGCCAGCUUUUGGAGGGUGGAGUGUCCAACCAGCACUGAACCCAUCGAGACAUUCUGAGCAGCUUUCACAAAUGUCCGAGCACAAGACCCCAGACUCAGCAAGGUCAAGGCUCCAGCGACCCAAAACUGUACCAAGCAGGCUGAUCAACAAGGUGACUGAAGCCCUUUUACCAGACCUUACUGAAGGUCAUCCAGAAGUUUUCAUCACACACCUUCAAGAUCUCCGGCAAAAGUGACGAAUGAGCAAAGACACAACCCCAAAAACCAGAAGAGACCAUUGAGGGUCAACUGAGUCUCAUAAAGCAUCUGCUAAUUCUGUGAGAAGGAGUUGAUGAGGCAAA